AUGGCUGAGGAAGACAAGUACAUUGAUUUCGCCCCCGUGCCUCACGGCGCAAAGCACGAGGAUGGAACCCCGGUGUUGAACCGGUAUUCGACAUUCAUCACCAAGGGGCAUGACUUUCCCGGCGCUCAGGCCAUGCUUUACGCUGCGGGCGUGCCGGAUCGGGAUGCGAUGAAGAAGAGCCCGCACGUGGGCAUUGCUUCCGUCUGGUGGGAAGGAAAUCCCUGCAAUAUGCAUCUGCUCGAUCUGGGGAAGACGGUCAAGAAGGCUGUUCAGGAUAAGGGGUUGAUUGGCUGGCAGUAUAACACUAUUGGUGUCUCGGAUGCCAUUACCAUGGGCAGCGAAGGUAUGCGGUUCUCCCUCCAGACCCGCGAACUGAUCGCCGACAGCAUCGAGACCGUGACUUGCGCCCAGUACCACGAUGCCUGUAUCGCCAUCCCCGGCUGCGAUAAGAACAUGCCCGGCGUCGUCAUGGGAAUGGCCAGACACAAUCGUCCCUCGAUCAUGAUCUACGGCGGCACGAUCCAGGUUGGAUAUUCCAAGCUGCUCCGCAAGCCGAUCAACAUCUCCACCUGCUUUGAGGCCGCGGGUGCUUACGCCUACAACACUCUGCGCCAGCCCGACGACGGCGGAGAUACCAGCAAGACGAAAGACGAGAUCAUCGAGGAUCUCGAGCGCCAUGCCUGCCCCGGCGCCGGUGCCUGCGGUGGCAUGUUCACGGCCAAUACCAUGGCCACGGCGAUCGAGUCGAUGGGAUUGAGCUUGCCUGGUUCGUCCUCGACGCCCGCCGAGUCGCCGUCCAAGAUGCGCGAGUGCGUCAAGGUUGCGGACGCCAUCCAAACCUGUCUGGAGAAGAACAUCCGGCCGCGCGAUCUGCUGACCAAGCGGUCAUUUGAGAACGCCCUCGUCAUGACGAUGGCCCUGGGCGGCAGCACCAACGGGGUCCUCCACUUCCUGGCCAUGGCACGCACGGCCGGCGUGGAUCUCACUCUCGACGAUGUGCAGAGGGUCAGCAACAAGAUCCCCUUCAUCGCCGACCUGGCUCCCAGCGGGAAAUACUACAUGGCGGACCUGUACGAGAUCGGCGGGAUCCCGUCGGUGCAGAAGCUGCUCAUCGCGGCUGGGCUGCUGGACGGGAAUAUCCCCACGGUGACGGGCAAGACUCUGGCCCAGAACGUCGAGCCCUUCCCGUCCCUGCCUCAAGAUCAAGUCAUCAUCCGUCCGCUGGACAAUCCGAUCAAGCCGACGGGUCACCUCCAGAUCCUCCGGGGGAACCUGGCUCCAGGCGGAGCAGUGGCCAAGAUCACGGGCAAAGAGGGAACCAAGUUCACGGGCAAGGCUCGCGUGUUCAACAAGGAGCACGAGCUCAACGACGCCCUCACCAAGGGCGCGAUUCCGCGGGACGAGAACCUGGUUCUCGUAGUGCGCUACGAGGGCCCCAAGGGCGGACCGGGAAUGCCAGAGCAGCUCAAAGCCAGCGCGGCCCUGAUGGGCGCGAAGCUCACCAACGUGGCCCUGAUCACCGACGGGCGAUACUCGGGAGCCAGCCACGGCUUCAUCGUCGGCCACAUCGUGCCCGAGGCGGCGGUGGGCGGUCCCAUCGCCGUGGUCCGGGACGGCGACGUUAUCACCAUCAAUGCGGAAACCAACGAGAUCAACAUGCACGUCUCGGACGAGGAGAUCCAGGAGCGGCUGAAGAACUGGACGCCUCCCAAGCCGCAUGUCACGCGCGGAGUGCUGGCCAAGUACGCGCGACUGGUGGGCGACGCCUCGCACGGGGCGAUGACCGACACAGACUUGUUCUGA